AUGUCCUCAAAGAGGAAUCUGUCCAGCACCCAGAAAAUUCACCGUCGCAUCCCAACCCCACACACCUCUAAAUCUAUUACUCAGACAUCUGGGCUUGAUGUCUCGCACAUCACCGAUGUUUCAACCAAUCCUCCCGACGAAUUUUCUCAUCAAUCUGCUGUCUCUCUGACGACUCGUAACUCUUCUUUUUCGAAGCGCUCGUCAACCAUGCGCUCGAAAACCAAAAAGCAACGCUCUCAGAAGUCUGCUGUUAACCCGCAAACGGUUGACCUCGACACGUCGGACUCAAAGGACCAUUGGCUUGACCUUGCUUUCUUGGACCGCCAUUGUACGCAGAAAGACUACUUCUGCAAUUACUGGCGCUACAUGGUAGCUGCCGAGCAAAACACUCGCCUCGAUUACUUCCAGAAUGCGAUAGAUGCGCACGAGCGCGAAUUGUGGAUAGGAUUUUCGGAUGAUUAUGUGCCAUCCUGGGCGAAAUGCACGGAAGCCCUAAAUGGUUGGGAACGUAGCGAACGCAAGUGGGAGCAGGGUGGUUGGACUGAAUGGCGGCCAGGUCCUAUGAUGUUGAAAGUGCCGAACAACAAUUGGAUCGGCGGCUUUCGCGAAGUUCUGGAUGAUGACAGCUAUGCGAGCUCAAGGAAGUGGGUGGAUGAUGAAAUUCAUGUUCCCGCCGAGGACUGUGAAGAUUACGGGGCUAUUGACGGUUCAUCCCCGGAGCAAGUUUAUAAGCCACAUCGACCAGUCGAGAGGACUGUCGAACCUCGCCCCUUCAUCCCUCAUGUCACUUCGACAAGUUUUAUUCUGGAUAUCCCACCAGCCAAUCAAGGGGCUUCUACUCUCCCAUCCAUUCCCUCUUCCCAGAUACCUCGCGCUUCACCACAUCGCCCACCUUCUGUUUCAAAACAUGACUCGCGCACUGCGAAGGCAUCCAGAGUGUCGUAUGCUCCUCUGUUGAUACCUGACCGCACUAGCCAGUCCUCUCGUCGUUCUCGGCGCAUCUUCACGCCUGCCCCUACCCGAGUUUCAAGCGAGCACGCCGACAAUGAAGUCAUUCAGAAAAAUCAGGAAAUUGAUAGAAUGUUCAGAUUUCUCAAGAUGAACACGGAGCAAAAAGUAGCCGAGAUUCAACGGUUGGCCAGGUCGAUGAGGCGAGGAAUGGGAAAUGCCAAAUCAGGAGUUCAUGGAUGA